UGUCUGACCUCACUCAUCGUUACGUUCCACUGAGGGCCUUUUGAGCAUAGCGUACAGCACAAUGGCGCCUACCACACGUAGGGGCAAUGCCAUCGCCAUCGUGGCGACGAUCCUCCUCCUCACGGUGGCCAUGGCGUCGGCGGCGGCCGAGGUGUCGUGCGGUGACGCGGUGAGCGCGCUGAUCCCGUGUGGGUCGUUCCUGGUGGGCGCGGACGCCGGCGCGGCGGGGCCGAGCGAGAGCUGCUGCCGCGGCGCGCAGGCGCUGCGGAGGAUGGCGGGCACGGCCGGGGCGCGCCGCGCGCUCUGCAGGUGCCUGGAGGAGUCCGGCCCGUCGUUCGGCGUGCUCCCGGACCGCGCGCGGCAGCUUCCGGCGCGCUGCAAGCUCGGCGUCUCCAUCCCCGUCAGCCCCCACACCGACUGCGGCAAGAUACCGUAAGCGGCAGGCAGGAGACUCGAUCGAAGAUGCACGGGCGACGCGUUCGUGGAUACGCCGCAUGCAUGAUGACGAAUUAACGGGACAAGAUGCUCGAUCGAGCUGAGUUCCAUGGUUGAAUAAAUACUGCUAGUACUAGCUAGUAGAAGUCUCGUAACUGUGUGUGGGUGCUAUGUAUUUCCUUGUAUGUACGUGCUUCGUACUACCAGUCAAAAUUGUGUGCAAUAGACAUAAAUAAUGUCACUGUGCUUCACCCAAUUA